CGAGAUUCGAGACGCAGUUCCACACGCCUCUCCGGUUCCACGACCUUGCUUCCCAAGCCGUCGAACAUUCAAACCCAUCAAAAGGUCGCACGAGCACGGCUGCAACCACUCGCUGGCGGUUGAUUCUCGGUAUAAAAUGGCGGCCGCGCGCGGGCAGGUCGGCUGCAGCCUCCAAGCGACCAGGAAGCCACAGAGCUAGCAGCCACCGAGCUACCUGAAAAGCAAUUCAAGAACUGAUCGUGACAGACAUCUCAGUUUCUGCCCGCCGGCGAGGGAGGGGAACCGGUCGAUGGCGCGCCAGUCGCUGCUCCCGAGCUUCCUCUACGCGCCGUCCAGGUCAGGCGGCGCCGGCAUGCCGGACGGGAGGGGCGCCAGCGGCGUCGUCGCGGGGUCGCCGAGCGAGCCGCCGUUCGGGAAGAUCGAGAUGUUCUCGCCGGCGUACUACGCGGCCUGCGGCGUCGGUGGCGCCGCCGCGUGCGGGCUCACGCACGCCGCAGUCACGCCGCUGGAUGUCAUCAAGUGCAACAUUCAGAUCGACCCGGCCAAGUACAAGAGCAUCUCGUCGGCGUUCGGCAUCGUCCUGAAGGAGCAGGGGUUCCGCGGCUUCUACCGUGGCUGGGCGCCGACCUUCCUGGGGUACAGCGCCCAGGGCGCGUUCAAGUACGGCCUGUACGAGGUGUUCAAGAAGCAGUACAGCGACAUGGCCGGCCCUGCGUACGCCGCCCAGUACAAGACCCUCAUCUACCUCGCCGGCUCCGCCUCCGCCGAGGUCAUCGCCGACGUCGCGCUCUGCCCGAUGGAGGCCGUCAAGGUGAGGGUGCAGACGCAGCCCGGCUACGCCAGGGGGCUGCGCGACGGGUUCCCCAAGAUCGUCAGGUCCGAAGGCUAUGCAGGGCUCUUUAGAGGAAUGGUUCCCCUUUGGGGGCGACAGAUUCCAUACACCAUGAUGAAGUUCGCGACUUACGAGAACAUCGUGGAGAUGGCGUACAAGCACCUCAUCCCCACCCCAAAGGACCAGACCAGCAAGCCGGUUCAGCUCGGCGUGAGCUUCGGGAGCGGCUAUGUCGCUGGAGUCUUCUGCGCUGCCAUCUCGCACCCAGCGGACAACCUGGUCUCCUUUCUCAACAACGCCAAGGGCGCCACCGUUGCAGAUGCUGUCAAGAACCUUGGCGUAUGGGGCCUCUUCACGCGCGGUCUUCCCCUUCGCAUCCUCAUGAUCGGUACACUCACUGGUACUCAGUGGGUGAUCUAUGAUUCAUUCAAAGUCAUGGCUGGAUUCCCAACAACCGGCGGAGCUCCUGCUGCCGUGCGAAAGGAAGAACUGACAGAAGGGCAAGCCUAUGCUUAAUCUUCUGGAACUUCGAGAGAAAAUACGCUUCUACCAUCCAGAUUGCAACGUACAGUAGUAGUACAUUGGUGGUUGUAACAUUUUUUUGCCUCACAGUUUGUCACCACUAACUGGUUGGCGAAAUUUUUCAUUAGGUUUGUUAUUAUGGUUCUUCUCCUGCAAAUAACCACCAACAGGUCGAAGUUAUAAGUUACUUGGCCAAAAGAGUGGAUCAUACAUUCAUACUCAAUGGAUCGUUCAAAUUUGUACCUA